UCGUUAGCACGUGACCAGCGCGUCACGCAGGGAGAUCAGCACCUCGGACAGCGGCGCCUGUCAGGAAAAAAUAACGCACCGAAAUCAGCGCAAUCCCGCGUUAAGCUCUCCGCUGAGGAGUGCACCCGAAACAAAGAUGUGUGUAAAUGAAUAAACGUGUACAUGCGCUGUUCUCCUGCCAGCACGCCGCGUACCCGAGAGCUGCUCUGAGUCAUUUUGGCAAGACGUCCAUUUUCAAGGAGGGAAAAAAGAAGGGAGCAGAAAAGGCUGCCAUGAUUUUAUUCCCAGCGACUCCGGACGUGUAACGCACCCAUCACCGCGUGGAGGAGGAAACACCGCGAUUCAGCAGAUGGUGCGGUUUUUCCCCCUGUUUUUUAUUUGCGUGCAUCUUUCUGUGGACGACGCACGAGCUCGACGGGCCGCUUUAAGGGCGGGAUGGUGAUGGACAACAAACACAACCGAGCUGCUGGGAUUUUCUGCUCUUGUAGCGAGCUUGGGCCUUGAGUCUCUUAUCAGGUUUUUGUUUGUUUUGUUUUUGUUCUUGUUUUUGUUUUUUAAAUAAAAAUGCCAGCUCGAGGCAUCCUGAGUCCGGGGCUCGUCGGAUGGGAGGCGGCGUCAAAACAUGUCCACACACACCGAUGAGAAAACGACCAGGAAACGAGCUGAAGGAUUCGUCAUGAUCAAAUAACGGCGAUGAACCAUAAAAAGAGACGCGUAUGACACCGAUCAUCCUGCUUUCUGUUCUGAGUAAUGACAGACCUGUGGGACACACACAUGGCUUUUUGAAAAUCUGUUUUUUUAUUUGUUUAUCUUUUGCAUCUCCUCUUCUUCUUCUUCUUUUUUUUUUUUUUUUUUUUUUUUUUUUUGCAUAGCCGGAUAUCACCCACCUCCCUCUUUUUUAAAACCCGGACCAAUGCACUGACGCUUUCUUUCUUUUCUUCUUCUUUUCUUCUUCUUUUUGCUCCAGUGAGACGGGACAGAGGCUUGAAGAGACUCUCGGAUCGCUGCUGUGCUUUGAGGCGGCGACGCGCCUGCUCUUCUUUACACAUAAACAUUUUAAAGAGCGCAUCAGCCGCUCCGGGCCGGAAAAUCUCUCAUCCGCACUAACAUGCCAUCAGACAGCAAAUAAAAAGCAUUGUAGUCUGUCUCGGGCCGUUUCUGGAUCCUGCUGUGAUAUUACACGCUUAUACCUUUAUUCCCUGAGUAACAAGUAACGAGAACAGGCCUGCAGGUCUUCUAGAAAACACACCUACCACCAGUAAUAAUAAUAAUAAUAAUAAUAAUAAUAAUAAUAAUAAUAAUAUUACAUGUCAACACAGUAAUCCGCGCGCUCCUUUUCACCUCUGGCGCACACCACACGCAUGUAGUGAAAGAUGUUCAAGAACCGGAUCCGCAUGUUUUUCAACGAGCUGAAGCUCCUGGUGUUCAUGCGGUCCGGUCCUCGGCAGCCCGGCGUGGACGCAGGCACGAGUAUGCGGGGCCUGGGCGCUAUGGGCGGCUGCGGGUGGCGUGCGUUCUCCCGCUGCACCGGCGACCACGACCACGACGCUGAGGAGUACUACGGCAGCGAUGCGGGCGCGAGGCGGAGCGCGGCGGCGGCGGGACUGGACGAGCGGGACGCGCGGAUGCACGCGAACGCGGACGCCGUGUCCCUGAGCAGCGGAACCCGCACACCCCAGUGCCGCAUCUGCUUCCAAGGACCUGAGCAGGGGGAGCUGUUGAGUCCAUGCCGCUGUGACGGCUCAGUGCGCUGCACCCAUCAGCCGUGUCUCAUCCGCUGGAUCAGCGAGAGAGGCUCCUGGAGCUGUGAGCUCUGCUACUUCAAAUACCAAGUGCUGGCCAUCAGCACCAAAAAUCCACUACAGUGGCAGGCCAUCUCUCUGACCGUGAUCGAGAAGGUGCAGAUCGCCGCCAUCAUCCUCGGCUCGCUCUUCCUUAUCGCCAGCAUCUCGUGGCUGGUGUGGUCGUCGCUCAGCCCCUCGGCCAAGUGGCAGCGGCAGGACUUGCUCUUCCAGAUCUGCUAUGGCAUGUAUGGCUUCAUGGACAUUGUGUGCAUAGGCCUCAUCAUCCACGAGGGUUCAUCGGUCUACCGGAUCUUUAAGCGCUGGCAAGCUGUCAAUCAGCAGUGGAAAGUAUUGAACUAUGAAAAGGCCAAGGACUUGGGGGAGCCGAUUAGUUCGAGCAGUAAGGCGACGGCGCGUGGCUCGCGCUCCAAUCCUCACAGCCUGGGCAGUGGCAGCAGGAGGAAUCAGCGCAUUCGGAGGCUCAGGACUAUCCUCAACCACCACUGCGGCUACACCAUCCUGCACAUCCUGAGUCAGAUCAGGCCCAGCGAAGCGCGCCUCGCCUCCAACUCCAACCGCGAGGUGGUCAUGAGGGUCACGACUGUAUGAGGAUGGGGGUGCACUCGCUCUAAGCUGCUGAGACACAGUGUGCAAAGACUUGUCCUGAGCAGCAGCUGUGUCGUGACUCAUCAGAUGACGUCUCGCUCUUGUUUCCUGAGCUGAGUGAAACAUGCACUUGUCAUAACUGAGAAUAUUAACAUGCUGAAAAGGAUGAACUUUGGAAUUAAAUGGUUCAUAAAAUGAAACACACAAGAAAGAGGACUGUCUUCGUGAUCUGGCACACAAGCGCAUUUUUAUUUCGUCUCCUCUCUGGUGUCGUUUUAUACCACUAUGGUUUUUACUAUGUUUCAUUUUCUAAGGGCGUGUGGUUUUAUGAACGGACGCUGCUGUACUGAAUAUAAUGGCUUAAAAAAAGGACAGUGAUGUUUACCAAUGCUACAAUUGAGCAAGGAAAAAAAAAAACUAACCGUAACCAAACCGUGACAAAGGCACAACAACCAGGGAGCAAAGAAUUCUUUACAAUAUACCAAUAAAUACAUUUAACGAGAAUAUCAUGAAGGGUAGGGUGCAAUAAGAUAAAUAAAGGGAUUAUAACAGAGUGUUAAGUACAUUAAUAUUUAAAGGAUUGGAUUUUCUCUGCAAUAAAGAUACCUGUACAUUUUGCAGUGAACUUUGCAUGAGGGUAAAGUUUUGUGCCUCCUCAACAUGAGGAUAUGAUGAAUCUGUUUUCAUUUCGAAUGGUGCUUGUUUUAAUAAACACUGCUAUUCAUCA